AUGGAAGAUAAAAAGACAUGUGUAGCAGAUUUAGCUUCGCAAAAAGACGAUAAAUUGAAAUUUGAGGAAAAAGUUGUGGGGUUGGACUUUGAGCAGAACAUAACAAUCGAUGAUAUUCUAAUGUCGUUUGCAACAACGGGAUUUCAAGCCACAAACGUCCACAAGGCUAUCCAAGAAAUCAAAAGAAUGAGACAGGCAAAUGCCAGGAUAUAUCUGGGAUGUACAUCCAACAUGAUGAGCUGCGGUGUGCGGGAAAUUAUUAAAUUUCUUGCCAAAAGCAAGUAUUUUGAAGUAAUGGUUGUUACAGGUGGUGGUGUGGAAGAAGAUUUGAUCAAAUGCAUGCUGCCCACAUAUGUUGGGUCAUUUGAUUUGGAUGGGCAAACGCUCAGAGACAAUGGAUGGAAUAGAAUAGGAAAUCUUGUUAUAAGCAAUGACAACUAUGCGGCUUUUGAGAGCUGGUUUAACAAAACGAUGGAUGAGUUGAUAUCAGGAGAGACAGAGGAAUAUCCAAAUUCUAAGAUCAGCCAUAGAGGCACAAAGGAAUACACAGAGGAGAACCCAUUAAUUUUGACACCAUCGAAGUUUGUUAGAUACCUGGGGAAGAAAAUCAACAACGAGGACAGUGUGUUGUACUGGUGCUAUAGAAACAACAUCAAUGUGUAUUCACCAGCGAUUACGGAUGGGUCGUUGGGCGAUCUUUUGACAUUCUACAACAGAAAACAGGCUUUCAAGCUCGACAUUGUGGAAGAUAUUACAGGAAUUAAUUUUGAGUGCUUGGGCCAUAGAGAAAAUGGUGCUAUAAUUCUUGGAGGUGGUCUUGUCAAGCAUCAUAUUCUCAAUGGAAAUUUGUUUAACGAUGGCCUUGAUUACUGCGUGAUCGUUAAUACGGCAGUCGAAUAUGAUGGGUCUGAUACUGGAGCGUCACUUGGAGAAGCAUACAGCUGGGGCAAGGUUAAGUCAGGAAGGACAGCUUUGAAGGUCUAUGGGGAUGCAUCUGUGAUAUUCCCACUUAUUGUGUAUGGCGCAUUUAAGUCUAAAAGGCUUUAG